GAUUGCAUGACGUCACCCUUCUCCAUGCUUAUAAGGUGCUCCAAUGAGCAGGUUGGCAUUCAAACUGUGAGGCUCAAAGCAACACCACUGCGGAGGAAAGGAGAGAGAAGGAAAGAAAACGAGAUCCGACAAAGUCUUUGGACUAUGUACAGAUUUACAUUUGCGGUUUUCCUCUUGGCACUGGGUGCACUUGUCUGCGAAGGGGGUAACCUGUGUUGUUCAGUGCCAUGUCAGAACAGGGGCGUUUGCACAGCGCUUGGAUCUGAUAAUUACGAGUGUGAUUGCACACGCACAGGGUAUCAUGGACACAACUGCACAACGCCUGAAUUCCUCACCUGGGUCAAAAUAUCCCUGAAGCCAUCGCCCAACACUGUCCACUACCUUCUGACCCACUUCAAGGGCUUCUGGAACAUCAUCAGCAACAUCUCCUUCCUCAGAGAUGCCAUCAUGAGAUAUGUGCUGACAUCUCGAUCCCACUUGAUUGAUAGUCCUCCGACCUUCAAUGCAGAUUAUGGUUACAAAAGCUGGGAAGCAUAUUCCAACCUCUCCUACUAUACGCGCACGCUCCCCCCUGUGCCAGAGGAUUGCCCAACCCCGAUGGGAGCCGUAGGUAAAAAGGAGCUGCCUGAUGCUAAGCUACUGGCUGAGAAGCUUCUAAUGAGAAGACAGUUCAUUCCGGAUCCACAGGGCACCAGCCUGAUGUUUGCAUUCUUCGCACAGCAUUUUACCCACCAGUUCUUCAAAUCUGAUAUGAAGAAAGGACCUGCUUUUACUCUAGCUAAAGGCCACGGGGUGGACCUCAACCACGUCUAUGGAGACAGCCUGGAGAGGCAACACAAGCUCAGACUCUUAAAGGAUGGCAAGCUUAAAUAUCAGAUCCUGGAUGGAGAGAUGUACCCCCCAACAGUAAAAGAAGUAGGCGCUGACAUGCACUACCCUCCUCACGUUCCUGACUCUCACCGCUUCGCUGUGGGCCACGAGGCGUUCGGCCUCGUCCCCGGUCUGAUGAUGUACGCCACCAUCUGGCUACGAGAACACAACCGAGUGUGUGAUGUGUUGAAGGAGGUCCACCCGGACUGGGACGAUGAAAGGCUCUUCCAGACCACACGGCUAAUUCUGAUUGGAGAGACCAUAAAGAUUGUGAUUGAGGACUACGUGCAGCACCUGAGCGGUUAUCACUUCAAGCUCAAGUUUGAUCCCGAGCUGCUGUUCAACCAGCGCUUCCAGUACCAGAAUCGCAUUGCAUCUGAGUUCAACACCUUGUACCACUGGCACCCUCUGAUGCCCGACAGCUUCCACAUUGAGGAGAAAGAUUACAGCUAUAAAGAGUUUGUGUUCAACACCUCCAUCGUCACCGAGCACGGCAUCAGCAACCUUGUGGAAUCGUUUACCAAUCAGAUUGCUGGACGGGUUGCCGGCGGACAAAAUGUGCCAGGACCUAUCAUGUACGUGGCCAUUAAGUCCAUUGAAAACAGCAGAAAAAUGCGGUACCAGUCUCUGAACGCCUACAGGACACGCUUCUCCAUGAAGCCCUACAGCUCUUUUGAAGACAUUACAGGAGAGAAAGAAAUGGCCGCAGUACUUGAGGAGUUGUACGGACACGUCGACGCUGUGGAGCUCUACCCGGGUCUGUUGGUGGAGAAGCCCAGGUCUAACGCAAUCUUUGGGGAGACCAUGGUGGAGAUGGGGGCCCCUUACUCCCUCAAGGGCUUAAUGGGAAACCCCAUCUGCUCCCCGGAGUACUGGAAGCCGAGCACAUUCGGAGGCAGCGCGGGCUUCAACAUCGUCAACACCGCCUCUCUGCAGAGGCUUGUGUGCAAUAACGUUAAGGGCCCCUGUCCCGUGGCUUCCUUCUCUGUACCCAACGUCAAAGACUCGGGGUCGAUAAUCAUCAACUCAAGCACAUCCCACUCGCGCAACAGUGAUAUCAACCCCACAGUCAUUUUGAAAGAAAGGGCUACUGAGCUCUAGUUCAUUUUUAUUUUGUACGAAUAUUUUUUUAUAUUUAUCUAUUUAUUUGUUUAUUUAUUGUAUUCUAUUUAUGACACAAUCUUUUUCUAUGUUAUUUUGUAUAUUUUAGUUUGAUUUCUUUUCAGGAACGAAGUCUGUGGUUGUGUUUAUUUAUUGAAAGAUUAAUUGUAUUAUAAAUUAUUAUUACAGUAAUGACCUCAGACACAUGAACUCAGAUACUUAAUACUUGAAGGUUAGUCUAUAACUACAUAGUAGCGUACUUUACAUUCCUAAUGUCCCUUAGUUCAACUGCUACUUUUCCAUUACGUUUAUUAAAUUGUACGGUUGUCCCACUGUUUUACAAAGGUACAGUUGUAAUGUUGUUCAGAAUUGUAUUGUCAUCGUAUAGAUCGGUUCAUUCAGUUAUUCCAUUCCUUAUCCUGUUGGCGCUGAAGCCGAUCCCAGCUGACAUUGGGCGAAGGAGGGGUUCACCCUGGACAGGUGCACUUAAAAUACCUGUGUACUGUAUAUAACCAGUUUGUACGUUUUGUUCUCAACGCCUAUUGCCUUGUAAAGUUCAUACUAAUAAAUGCACAUUUCUCAGAAAUCA